AUGCCGAACAGGACCCAGAAAAAGGAACCCAACGUGAAUUGCAUUAUCCAGCACUCACCCCUGGGAAGACCCAUCCAAUCCAUCAUCAACAGUCAUUGGCACAUAGUGGAGUCUGAUCCAGGACUCAAGGUUUUCACUGCAGCCCCCCGGGUGGUUUUUAAGAGACCUCCCAACCUACGCAACUCAUUGGUGAGAGCACACCUCCCACCUUUAACAACACCCAACUUCCUACAGGCGGCGCCCCCUGGGAAUUACAGGUGCGGGCGGUGUACCCAAUGUAACUUCACACAGAAGAUGAGCACUUUCAGCCACCCGCGCACAGGGAAGUCCUUUAACAUCAAAGGUACUAUUACCUGUAACACGUCGAAUGUCAUAUACAUGCUAAAAUGCCCGUGUGGCUUGGCAUAUAUCGGCAAAACCACACGGCCAUUAAAGACCAGAAUAUCCGAGCAUCGUUCCAAUAUCAGAAACCAUGACCCCAAAAGCCCGGUGGCUGUUCAUUUUACUCAAUGCUCUGACAAUCUGUCUUCACUGCGCUACUGUGGAAUAGAAGUGGUCAAAACACCCACUAGGGGGGGUGAUAUUAACUCUUUACUUCUAAAAAAAGAAGCGUUUUGGAUUUACACACUGGACACUCUAGCCCCUAGAGGAAUGAAUGAAGAGUUUGACUUGCGUCCCUUUCUAUGAACUGACCUUGGCCUUUUUGGACUGUUGUGUUGAUCUGUAGCAUGGUGUAAUAUCUUUCUGAUCCUGAAUUCCAGUCUGUUAGCUUUGUCCUGAUCGGUUCCUUCUUUGAU